UCCGGCCUGCGCCGGGCCUGCUUCCGGUGUGCGCCCUGGGGCUCAUCCUACUGCCGCCGCCGCUGCGAUGCUGUUCCUCUCUUUGGCCCGGGCUCGUUGCCUCAACCGGGUGCUCGGCCGCUCCUUCUGCGCCGUUCGGCAGGGGAACUGUCCGCAGGGGAAACGUUCACUCCCUGGUGUGUCGCGAUGCCAGGGGCUGGCUUAUGCCAACAGCAGGAAGCAUUUGGUAAAUGGCUCCCGCGUCUUCACUGUUCGUUAUUUCAGAACCACUACAGUGUGCCGAGAGGAACUUGUUACAGUGAACACGCCAGCAUUUGCAGAAUCAGUCACAGAGGGAGAUGUCAGGUGGGAGAAAGCUGUGGGAGAUACAGUAGCAGAAGAUGAAGUAGUAUGUGAGAUUGAAACAGACAAGACAUCUGUGCAGGUUCCAGCUCCGGCAGCUGGAGUAAUUGAAGCACUUCUGGUCCCUGAUGGGGAGAAAGUGGAAGGAGGUACACCUUUGUUUAAACUCAGGAAAACUGGAGCUGCACCCGCCAAGGCCAAACCAGCAGCAGCCCCUACCCCAGAGCCUGCGACUCCCGCAGAACCUGCUCCGGCAACACCUCCCCCUGCAGCACCAAUUCCCACCAUGAUGCCUCCAGUGCCCCCGGUGUCAGCACUUCCUGUUGAUGCUAAACCAGUGUCUGCAGUAAAGCCAACAGCAGCUCCUGCCGUCGAACCUGGGGCCAGCAAAGGUGCCAGAUUGGAACAACGGGUGAAAAUGAACAGGAUGCGCCAGCGCAUUGCUCAGCGCCUGAAAGAAGCUCAAGACACAUGUGCCAUGUUGACCACCUUCAAUGAAAUUGAUAUGAGUAACAUCCAGGAAAUGAGAGCCCGGCACAGGGAGACCUUCCUAAAGAAGCACAAUAUGAAACUUGGAUUUAUGUCUGCCUUUGUGAAAGCUGCAGCCUUUGCCCUGCAAGAGCAGCCCGUUGUGAACGCAGUGAUUGAUGAUACAACCAAAGAGAUUGUAUACAGGGAAUAUGUGGAUAUCAGUGUUGCGGUGGCAACUCCUAGGGGUCUCGUGGUCCCUGUCAUCAGAAAUGUAGAAACAAUGAACUUUGCUGACAUUGAGCGAGCGAUCAAUGAGCUGGGAGAGAAGGCCCGCAAGAAUGAGCUGGCCAUUGAGGAUAUGGACGGCGGUACAUUCACCAUCAGUAACGGCGGCGUAUUUGGGUCCCUUUUUGGAACGCCUAUCAUCAACCCCCCUCAGUCUGCUAUCUUGGGCAUGCAUGGCAUCUUUGAUAGGCCUGUUGCUGUUGCAGGCAAAGCUGAGGUGCGACCAAUGAUGUUUGUGGCCCUGACAUACGAUCACCGGUUGAUUGAUGGUAGAGAGGCAGUGACUUUCCUGCGCAAGAUCAAGGCCGUCGUAGAAGAUCCUCGUGUGCUGCUGCUUGACCUGUAAAGGGCAACAGCACUUUUCCUCCCCAUCCAGUAGAGCAAGGAUGCUGCACCAGCAGACAGAACAGAGGGCAUUCAGAAACCAGCAGGGCUUCAUUCCAGUCUCCUCCUCCUCCUCCUCUCUAGUGACAGGAGGUGCUUUGAAAGGAACCCUGAGGGUCGUGGGCUGCCCACCUUUUCUGCCUCUUCCAAAGAUGGUUCACUUACUUCCCUGGACAGACAAGCAGAUGUCAUGGCCUGUUCAGACAUAGCCUACCACUUCCCCCCACCCCUCCUUCUCACUCAAAUCGAUCUAGUCUUGCCUCUCUUUCCAACAUCUCAAGGGAACAGAAGCUACCUGCUGCUUAGCGAAAGCUUCCCUCCCAAACUGGUCUUGCACAGGAUUUCAGCUUUAAUUCACUUAUCACCUGAGGAGGCUGCCAGAAAAAGGAAAGGUUGAUGCUGGGUCUCUGCUCAUCUUGAAGGCUCUAGCUGCCUUGCACAGAGAAGCUAGCCUAGGGUCCUCUAAGCUGACUCUGUUGCAGUGCCUGAUCUUAUACGCCUCCAGCAAUGGAGAGUAAAUCUUUAUUCCAGCCACCUUGUGGUUUUUUCUUUUCUUUUUUUUAACCUUACCAGGGUUGAGGCACUUCCAGGGGCUACUUGCCUCCCCAGCCAUUUUCUACACCCUGUAUGACUAGCUGAGAGGCAGUUUUAAGGAUUGUUUUUGGGAUUCUCCUGCAUCCUGUCCUUUUAAGAGCAAGAAGGUGGUAGUAACUACUCCAAGUGGGGGAAGGGUAAGAGCGGUUUCUCGCAUUCUGACCUCCAGUACGGCAGAAUCGGUGUCCCUUCUGACCAUCAAGUCCAGCUUGGGUUGACUGGUCCUGGGAAUAGAGGGAGGUAACAACCCUCUUGCAGCUGUCCUGCAUCCCCUCCAAUGCUCAGUGGAUGGCUUCAUCAAGUUUUUGUCUGCAAUGGUUUGGCCUGAUUGUCCAGUAACGUGGGUUGGGACUAGAUUGUCGUGUGAGGCAUGUAUCCUGACCCAAGACUGCUGGUUCAUGGGGACAUAUCCUUAGUACAAUAGCGUGCACAUGUAUUGUUGAGUGAGAGGGUUGCUAGUGCCUGCAGGGUUUAUUACUCGUGUCUGUCGCACAGAACUUGUAAUUAAAGUAUUUAACGCAACAGAUUUUAAACAAAAUAAAGCAAGGAAAUGAUGUGCGUGCGUUGGGUGAAAUGCGGGUGUGGG